CAUCCCCGCGCGCUGCACUUCGAGCCUCCGCACCCCCGCCAACGCCCACCACUCCCUACCGACCACCUCACCACCUCUGUCAAUGGAUGCGAGAUAAAACACACACCCAACAUGGCCGCCUCGACAAAAUCCCUCGCCUCGCUCCUCGCCCAGACGUCCCUCGAAGACCACGAUGAAAUCUUGAAGGCGGCCAAUGCUGCCACCAAAAAGUCCAAGACGGACCUAGACGCACAGCAUGCAAAGGCCGUCGCGUUAUUAAAUCUGGACCGGUACGAGGACGCAUUGAAGGUGUUCGACGACGCCACAGGACUGCAGGAGAGGGCGCAAUUCGAACACGCCUAUGCGCUGUACAAGACGGGCAAUGCGACAAAGGCCGCCGAGAUUGCUGCGCAGGCGGCGCCGGAUGCGGGGCGUGGCAUGAAGCACAUGCUCGCCCAGGCUGCCUACCGCUCGGAGAACUUCGCACAAGCCGCAAAGGUCUACAAGGAGCUGGCGAGCCACUCGGUCGAGAGCGAGGAGUACGACAUCCGCAUCAACUCUGGCGCUGUCGAUGCGCAGUUGGAGUGGACGGGACAGGGCGAGCUGGCGCAGAAGAAGAAGCCCACCCGCGAGGAUCUCGAGGUCUUUGAGACGGCCUUCAAUGCGGCCUGUGGAAGCAUCGCGCGUGGCGAGCUGGGACAGGGCGAGGUUUGCCUGAAGAGGGCCAAGGAUCUGUGCAAUGCGCUUUCGGAUCUCAGCGAGGCUGAGAAGCAGGCCGAACUACUGCCCAUCACUGUGCAGCAGAUCUACGUCUUGACGCAGGUGGGCAAGAUUGACGAGGCCGAACAGCUGGCCACUUCCCUCCCUUUCGCCGACAUCAAAGAACUCUCGACCCGAUACAUCGCCCAGGUGAACAGCAUCGCCGCCUCGAAGGAGCACUCGAACCCAUACCUAUCGCACCGCCUCUUCCACUCCUCGCCGAAGCCCCCAGUGACUGACCAACAUUUCUCGUUCCAAUCCAACAUCCUGCUCCAGGACGAAUAUGUCAUCUCGUUGCUCUCGCAGAAGACAUCCGGCGUCGCAUCCUCGACUGCGAAAGUCAUCUCCGCAACCCCAGCCCCUACACUCCUCCCAGCAGUCAACAUGGCAGCGGUACUGAACGCAGCAGCCCACGCGCGCAACGCCGACACCGAGAAAGCCGCGCUCAAAGAGAUCGUGCCCCUCCUAGAGAAGCGACCAACCGACGUGGGCCUCCUCCUCACCAUCACGCACCUCUACGUAAUCACAAACAACUACGCAGCAGCCACCCACCUCCUAGAAUCCUUCUUCAAGCGCCUCUCCGAAAGCAACUCAGCAUCCGACCUCGACGUGCGCUUCGCCCCAGGCCUAAUCGCCGCCCUCGUCUCCCUCUACGCCCAACAAGGCCGCCCCGGCGCCGCAAAAUCCGAGCUAGCAAAAGCCGCAGAGUACUGGCGAAAACCGCACAAAUCAAAAACAGAAGCCCCCUCAAAAGCUCUCAUGGUCGCUGCCGGCACGGCCCUCCUCGACACACACAGUCCCGCCAACGUCAACGCCGCAGGCGAAAUCUUCAAGAGCCUGUAUGAUCAGGAUAAUGAGGAUAGAGCGGCCAUCGCCGGCCUCGUCGCUGCUUACAGCAUCACGGACCCAACUUCCAUCCCCGCAGAUCUGCUCGCCUACCUCCCCGAAGCAGACCGCCUCAUCUCUGACGUCGACGCCGCAGCCCUCGAAAACGCCGGCGUGCCCCUCGGCUCCCUGACCACGACGAGCGUCGCGGCCGAGGCGCGCAAACGUGGUGUCGCGCCUACGAAUGCGGUUGCGCCCCGCGCGAAGCGUCUGCGUAAGACGCGCAUCCCCAAGGAGUUCGUCGAGGGCAAGAAAAUGGAUGCAGAGCGCUGGCUGCCCAUGCGCGAUCGCAGUUACUACCGUCCGAAGGGGAGGAAGGGGAAGAAGAGGGCGGAGGGGUUGACGCAGGGGGGUGUUGUUAGUGAGGAGAAGGCGCCGGGUGGGCAGCAGAAGGCGGGCGUGGAGAAGGGGAAGGGGAAGAAGAAGGGGAAGGGGGGGAAGUGGUAG